AUGUUGUUGUGCCGCGUAAUAUUGGGAAAAACCGAGGUAGUUUGUCCCGGUUAUGAACAAAAGAUUCCGAGUUCCAAAGAGUUUGAUUCUGGGGUCGACAAUGCCAUGGACCCUAAGAAGUAUAUCGUGUGGACACCACGUCUGAACACGCAUGUCUUGCCUGAGUUUUUGGUCAGUUUCCGAGCAUUGUCCGUAAAGUGCAGAGGGUUCCAAAUUAGACAAUUGAGUCCAAAUCGGUUGCCUUAUCCGAUUUUGAUUAACAUUCUUGACAAGUACUUACCUUCUGACGCGGUUGAAUUGGUCACAAAACAUCACGAUGAUUUUAAGAAAAAGAAAAUAACGAGGACCGAACUGAUUGAGCACACGAGACAUAUCGUGGGAGACAAGUUGCUGCUCAGAAUCGUAGCGUCUUACGAACAGAAGGUAUAUGAAGCAUCAUCGACCAGCGGCACUACAGCAAACAUAGGAAAUGAUUUGAACUUUUCAGCAAUCAUAGGAAUGAUUUGA